AUGAGCAUGGCUACCCAUAGGAAUGAAAAGAUCUGCGGCAUACGUGUACAGUAUGAAGAGGAGCCAUCCAGAUUUUGUCACUGGAACAAAGACAAAGGAAGCCUGUUGCCUGGAGUCAGAAUAUUGGGGACCCCAUCAACCUGGACGCAGAGUCCCAUCUCAGAACCGUCUGGAGUGUACAGCCCGGGGGACAGAGGCAACAUGGAAAAUGAGAGGUUUGGGGUGGUCAGAAAGUCAAUGAACAACAACCAGCUCCUGCAAAAGGCAGAACUUGGAAAGACGAAGAAAAGGUGCUUCUCUUUACCUGGACCGGACUUUACCUAUGGGCUGAAUAGUUUUCUGAAAGAAGGAGGUGUGGCUGCAGCAAUAGGUCACUGGCAGGUGGUGGAAGCAAAAGCCCGGCAGAGAAAAUUAGAACGUCACUAUGUUGCCCUCAACCGUGAAGCUGUAAAAUCUGGUCUCGUGACAGCAGCUGAACAUCAAACAUUCCGCAACACUCACAACAUCUGGCGCCCCAAUGAAAGGCGGGUCAAAGAUCUAACCCUCCCCAUACCUCCCGGCAUGACCUUUGGCAUCCCCAACAGGCCAUCGACACCCAUAUUGGAAUUAGUUGAACACAAAUACCAAAAUCUUUGGCUUGAACAGCAGCGACAGAUGACUGAGACCCUCCGAUUGUUGUCCAUAAAGAAGGUAGGUAUGGCUAAGGUGCUGGAUACCCGCACCACAAUGCUCAGGAGAUACCAGCCAGAACCUGACCCUGCGCCUCUCUGGCAACUACCGCGUUAUCAGAAGGUUGGACCUCACCUGGACACCUUCCCCAGUGAGAAGGCGCGGCAGAGAGCCUAUAGUGCUCACAACUCUGACGGCAUUGCACGUCGAGGCCUCAAAGGCCAGGGCAUCUAUAAUAUCAGCUGAGGGUUGUCAAUGCCGGUAUAUUAAUAAUCUGG